GCAAGAAUGAUGUAGGAGUGGUUUUACUUUCCGAACGGAGCUAAACCAUCUCAAGCGAACGCUAUUUCACUUAGCUUUGCAAACAAACCAUGCGCGUUCACAGAUAAACCAAGCUUAAACGCGUGAACAAGGAAUGAUAGAGAAUAAAAACUGUUGCGCGUGUUCUCGGAUCUUCUGAUUACCGGCGCUUUGUCCUAGUCUGACUUCUCAGUGUUGUGAUGUGCUGUGAUUGAAGGAGCUGCCCCGCUGUUACACACACACACGCAUCGUGGGAUCUCACGCACACACAUACGCGCGCUCGUCUCAGCUUCAGUAUGCUGGCCCUCCUGUUGUGUGCUCUGCUGGCUUUUCACAAUGACGCUCUUGAGGUCCAUGUCCCAGAAUCCCCUGUGGUGGCUCUGUUUGGGACAAAUGCCGUCCUCAACUGUUCUUUCUCAGGCGUCUCAGAGUUUAACCUAUCUGAUCUGAGUGUAUUCUGGCAACUCUCAGACACAAAGCGCACUGUACACAGUUACUGGCAGAGCCGCGAUCAGCUGACCGACCAGGACGACAGGUUCGCCAACCGCACCAGCCUGUACCCAGAUCAGCUGAUGUCUGGAAAUGCCUCACUCCUGCUGAAGAAAGUGCGCGUAGCAGAUGAGGGAAGUUACUCAUGUUUCGUCAGGGUUCAGACGUACAGCACUGGAGCCAUGCUUAUGCAAGUAGCAGCACCAUUCUCCAAACCGCUGGUCACCUGGGGCUCAGAAUCCAACCUGAAACCCGGUGAUGUGGUGGCCCUCACCUGUGUGGCGUACGGAGGUUAUCCUGAAGCAGAGGUACUGUGGCAGGACGGGGCCGGACGCAACUUGACUGACAACGUUACCAUCUCACAAGUUGCCAACGAGGAGGGUCUGUUCAGUGUGAAGAGCAUCUUGACGGUGAUCCUGGAGCCCAACAGCACUUACAACUGCAGACUGACCAACCCACUGCUAGGAGAGGAAGGACAGGCAUCUGUUACCAUCACUGCUCAGGGUCUGGUGUUUCCUCCGCUGGCACUGUGGCUGACUGUGGCUCUGGCCGUGUGUUUGUUGGCUCUGCUAGUCGCUCUGGCCGCCGUCUGCCGCAGGAAGAUCAAAGAGAGCUGUGAGGAGAUGAGAGCCGAGGAAGAAGCGAAAGAACUCGAGGAAGCCAAAGAAUUAGAAGAAGCCAAAUCAGCCGCAACACCUCUAAAGAGCUAAAGUUGGAGACCACAGGUCAAGGUCGGACUGUCAGUGAUUGACAUGAGCAGAAACCAUCCGUCUGAUCCAUCAGCAUUUCAUAAGGGAUUUAAACUUUACAUUUUGACAUUUCACUCCAUUUGAUUCCCGUGUGCAUGAGGGAAACCGUAUGAUGACUAACUGUGUUACACGACUGAUCUCAAAAACCUACCCAUCUUUUGUCAAACUCCCAAUUGGAUUGAAAUGUAAAACAAUGAUGUGAAGUGCAGCCAAAUCAUUCCUCUUUCAUAUUCAUUCUUCCUUCCUAAACAACAUCAGGAGCUAAAAACUCAUCCUGCCCUCAUUCAUUUCUCAUCCCGGAGCAUGUGAGAUAUAUUGCACGGGUCUGUAGUUGUAUGCAGAGCAUGUUAAAGGGAAAAUCAGCUUGAGGAGCAUUGGGUCUGACAAGCUCUCAGCUCCAGCACUGACACCAGCUCUGCAUCAGGACAGACGCCUCACGCAACAUCUCUGACCUAAUGGAAAGUGAGUAGCUUAAGAAAGCAGCCGGCGAACCAUCAGCAUCUCACAUGAGGAUGGUGCUCGGUUUUUCCCACCCGCUCUUUACAAUUGCUCCGUCCCGGCCUAAUUAAUGCCUGCCCAAGAACUAACUUGUAGCUGUCAGCGUCUGCCAGCUCCGCAAAAAUCCAAUAACUUCAUGGAGCAAUUCAGAUGGAACACCAGCGAAGCUCCAGCAAACUCCAAAUGGUGCGUGAGACACACCCAGUGUCCCAUCUAAGAGAUUCUAGUAUUCAUAUCCGUCAGCUGCCAUUGAUUGCCGAUUGUAUUUUGAAACUUUUUUUAUAAUGUUGUCAGGUACUUUGAAUUUUGCAUAUAUUGAAAUUUGAAAUGUGUCAAAAUCAUCAAAGGCCAUUAUUGCAAACAUGUCGUGCCUGUCUUUUAUUACAUAAAUAAAUUAAAAUGGUUUUUACUCCUAGAAGUUUCCAUGACUACUUACUUAUCAGUUGCUGUUUACUUGG